AGUGAUUGAAUCUAUUUUGCAAUCCAUGUUCUUGUAUGUUGUAAUAUGUGUGUGUGCUCAAUGAAAGUAAUAAAGUUUGCACAAGUCAUAUUUUCAAUCAAAUACAUGUAAUCAUUAGUCCCAAAGAUUUUUUUGUUUCAUUUCCAGAAAAUCCAGCCAUAAGUUACAAAAUGGAUGACUUAAAAGUUGAAACAGUUGAUGAAGAAAGCCCCUUGAUUUCCAUGGUGACCGUGGUAUCCCUGGCAGCUACAGUGAUGUACUGCGUUGUUGGGCUGGUGUUUGCAACUGUCUUUAAGGCCAGAUUGAGUCGUGAAGACUUCUGGAUUCUGGUCUGGCUGGUGUACGACUUCCUGAUCCACCUUACCCUGGAAGGACCAUUUGUUGUGAUUUCGUUGCUGGGCACUGUCCGAGACUCAAGCCACUUUUCUUCCCUGGUUUGGAAGGAGUAUGCCAAGGCUGACGCUAGAUGGGGCGUGUCAGACCCCACUAUUGUUUCCCUGGAGAUCCUGACAGUCACCAUUGUGCAGGUGUUUGUGCUGGGAACCAUUUACGGGAUUGUGCAGCACAGGCCGUACAGGCACUUCAUGCAGAUCUGCCUCUGUGCAUGUGAGCUGUAUGGGGGCUGGAUUACAUUCUGCCCCGAGUGGCUGACAGGCAGCGCAAACCUCCGCACGGACAACGUCCUGCACCUCUGGAUCUACCUGGUCUUCUUCAACAUGCUGUGGGUCGUCAUACCCCUCUACCUCCUCUAUCAUUCCUGGGUCGCUAUGACUGCAGUGAUCGACAAGAACGGGGAGGUGGUCAGCGAGAAACAGGAGACGACUGUGACGACUAAUGUGACCAAGGUGUACCACACCAGGUCAAAAGAUGCCAAGAAGUCCCAGUAAAUUCUGAAUACAUUUGUUUCGUGUUUUGAGAAAACUACAUUAAUGUAUGUGCGUAAAGUGUCAUCCCAGAUUAGCCUGUGAAGUCCGCAAGGCUAAUCAGGGAUGACACUUUCCGCCUAAACUUGAUUUUCGGUAAGGAGGGACUUCCUUGAAACUAAAAAUACCAUAAAAGCGGAAAGUGUCAUCCCUGAUUAGCCUGUGCAGACUGCACAGGCUAAUCUGGGAUGACACUUUACGCAUAUGCAUUUUGCCCAAUUAUCACAGAACAAGACACAUUUAUGUUAGAUUACUUGUAUUAUCCCUUGCCUCUAGCCCUAGGGAUAUAAAAAUGUGUUACUGUGAGCCUGUGUGUGUGCGAGCUUCCAUAUGUCACACGAUUCUUGCGAACUCCUGCAUUUUGCAUUUGAUGUUAGCCAAAUUUGUUCAGUAUAAAUAUCAGCAAGUUCUACAACACAUAUUGUGAAGGUUCACAUAGCAUUAUUUUGAAAGAGACUGGAGCUAUUGCCCUUAGUUUAUAAUGACAUAUGAAAGCUUUUGCAUUGAUUUUCUCCAAACUCAUGAAGAAAUAUCUGCAAGUGCUUCAAUCCAUAUUGUCAAUGUUUUUUUGAUUGCGUUAUUUUUACAGAGUUAUUAUCCUUUGGUUACAUAUAAAGGUUUCUGUGCUGAUCUCCUCCCAUUUGUGCACGCCAUUUCCAUCAAACUUGUUAAAAGAGUACUUUUCUUGAAAAAGGAGAUCAUGUGAAUGCUAUCAAAAUUGAAAGGGUGUACAACACCUGGUCAUGGAAGAAUUAAAAGAAUCCGGGAGUUAAGUCCGUGUAAAAAUUUGAGAAUGUUCAUACUAUAGUUUAAAAAAAUCACACAAUUUGGUUUUCUAGUUUUCUUAUAUAAAGUCAAAUAUAUAAAAAAUAUUUUGUUUCAAGAAUAUUAUGUAGAAAAUCACCAAUGUUUAUAGUUUUCAGAUUACAUAUGGACUACUCAUUACACUGUGUAUCUAUUUUCAAAACUCUUGUUAUUAAAAAGAAAUAUAAAGGGUCGUCAGCAUAUCAUUAUCAAUUAUUUACUUUGGGUUUUGUUAUCUAUCAAAUUAUUAUAAUUACUUACUUAUUACAUGUGUAAAAGUUUUCUUUUUUAUAUUACUGAUUACCUUGUUCGAGCAAGAUAAAACACAUUGAACAAUAAAUCUUUUUGACAUUAAGUGUUGUGAACAUUUCAGUAUUUUCAACAUUAUAUUAAUUUUAACAUCCAUUGUCAUGUUUAGUUGAAGCAAUAUUGUUGUCAAAGUUAGCCAAACAUUUUGUAUGUUAAACUGAUAUAUAUAAAUGAUAAAUGUAUAUAUAAACAUACAGUUCCAGAAUAUGUACCAUUCCCUUGUUGUAUAAUACUCACAUUUUUAACCACCGUGUUACUCAGGAUCUGAUUGUUGUUUGUUGAGAAAAAGAAGUAAAUAAGCAACUUAAGGCCAUUGACUUCUUUUCUUUAUGUAGUGGAAUAAAUCAUGUCAUAUCAGGCGUUUUUUCAUAUUUCAUAAAUAAAUUUUUUAAUAAAUGUGUUUAAUUAAAAAAGGAAUGAACAGAAAAUGUAAUCAUUGUUUUAUGAAGAUCAUCUUUGUAUGUAUAUAUCAAGAUACAUAUUAAUAUCUAAACCAAGAUAUAUACUUGUUAAUAGCGUAUCAUUGUGCGUGUACAGAUAUAACCCUUACAAUGUCUGUUGUAUUUGAUCUCAAUCUCUAUUUUGUUGUGAAACUUGUUGAUACCUGUAUCAUGGCCACACUUUGUCCACUGUUAGACAUGUUAAAUUGAUGCAUGUUUAUGAUGUUUUGGUCCCUAUCUGCGUUUAUUGUCCCCUACCGGUUUCUCCGGAGGGGACUUUUGGUUUGCGCUCUGUCUGUCAGUCUGUCAGUCAGUCAGUCACACUUUUCUGGAUCCUGCGAUAACUUUAAAAGUUCUUAAUAUUUUUUCAUGAAACUUGAAACAUGGAUAGAUGGCAAUAUGGACAUUUUGCACGCCAUUUCAUUUUGUUCCUACGUCAAAAAUUCUGGUUGCUAUGGCAACAAAUAGACAGAAAAUUCUGAAAAUGGUGGAAUUUCUGACAAUGGUGGAGCCGGUAGGGGACUAUAUUGUUUGGCAAUAGUCUUGUUAAUGUUAUAAUUAUGCAUGUAUUUGCUAUUAACAUUACAGGGACUCAUUAAUAUAUUAGCAAAACGUCCGUUUUCCUCCAAUUUGUCAUACAUUCAAAACAUAAUGUAAGCAAUAUGUUCAAACUAGCCAAAUAAUAAUAAGGAAUAAGAAUGUAUUGUUUUAUCAUUUUGUGUAUGGAUAAUCAUCAAUCAAAACAGAUGAGAUAAUGACACAUUUAUUACGCUUUUCAUUGAUUAUUAAGAAAAUGUAUGAAUUGCUUAAGUAGCAAGCAUUAACUGCUGUAAAGUUUGUAAGUCUGAAUGGCUUUAUGGUGGCUCUACAGCAUUCCACUUAGAUUAAUAUGAAAAAGCUUAAACAGUGAAAGUUUGUUUUAGCUCACCUGAUCCCCUAAAGAACUCAUGGUGGGGUAUUUUGGUCACCUAACGUCCAAAGUCGUUGGUCAUAUGCUCAUGAUCACGUUGAAGGCCAUAUUUUUAUCUGAUCUUGAUGAAAGUUGGUCAGAAUGUUUAUUUUUACAAAAUCUAGACUGAGCUGAACUUAAGUCAGAAGCAACAAAAACCAGGUCACCAAGGUAGGUCUUAGAUAAAUGUUGUUACCGCACUUGAGGCCAUAUUUAUGACUCAUCUUAAUGAAACUUGAUCAGCAUAUUUAUACUGACAAUAUACAGGACAGGUUUGUAUCUGGUCACUAACAUCCAAAAACAAGGUCACCAGGUCAAAUUUUAGAAAAACCUUUUUACCAUUCUAGAGGGCAAAUUUAUACGAUUUGAUGAAACAUAGGAAGAAUAUUUAUCUAGAGGAUGCAAAGGCCUUGUUUGAAUCUGGUUCAAAUGGGGUAUAACUAUCACCAGGUCAAGCUUUUGACAAUUGGUAGUCCUUUAACUCAGGUGAACUAUUCAGGGCUAUCAUGGCCAUCUUGUUGAUAUCUAGGGUAAAGCAGAUAUUUUUGAUAACUGGUUUGGUCAUGGGUUGUUUUAGUCACAUUUAAUAUUUGAGUCUUUUGAAUGUAUUGUGUACUAGUUAAUGAAAAUUUGUACAUGGAAUAUUGUUUUAUAUACUUCAGACGCAAUGUAUGGUUGUUUAUUAUUGUGUGUUUUUAUAGAGAGCUGCUUAAACAUUAAUUGUUCAAUUUGAGCUUUGUAUUAAUUUGCUCAAUCAUGGUCCCCAUGAAAAUAUACAGGUGCCAUGACAAUUAAAAAAUGUAUAAUUGCUACGUUUUGAUCAGAGGCAAACUCUGUACAACUCAUUAUUUGCUGAAACAAACACUCAGACUUGAUGUUGCAUAUAUGCAUGUUUUCUGUAUGUGGAAAUAGGCAAUAAUUCAAUCUGACUACUCAAAUACUCAAUAUUUUAUCUUAAUAUGCAAAGACUGUAUACUGUAAUCUGAAUAUGCAACACUACUUGCAAAUGUUCUUGUUAAGAUGUGAUGGUACCUUACAUGAUCAUUACUGAGCUCAAGUGUACCGUGGAUCUGUUGACCGAACAUAUACAUAUACAUGUAUGACAUUCUUUAUUACUUUCUGUAGAGUUUUUUGCCUUGUUGAAUUGUUAACAUUUGAUAAAUGUGUAUUUUGUGACAAUUUUCUAAACAGUUAAAGGGAUCUUUUCACGCUUUGGUAAAUUGACAAAAUUGAAAAAAGUUGUUUCAGAUUCGCACAUUUUCGUUUUAGUUAUGAUAAUUGUGAGGAAACAGUAAUACUGAACAUUUACCAUGGUCUAAUAUAGCCAUUAUAUGCAUCUUUUGACGAUUUUAAAACCUAAAAAUUAUAAAGCGUUGCAACGCGAAACGAUUGAAUAAUUUGGAGAGUUCUGUUUUUGUCGUUAAAUUUUGUGAAACUACGAAGAUUGCUUAUAUAAGGUAUAAAAUACGUCAAGUACGUGUACACGGCGGAAUAGCUCAGUAGGCUAGAGCGUUUUUACUUCAGGACUCUGGCAGGACUCCAGGGGUCACUGGUUCGAAACCUGUUCCGGGCAAUGUUCUUUUCCUUUUUUAAAUUUUAUUCUUGAUUUUUUACUGGAGCUUUUACGAUCCAAUGUUUACAUUUAUCGAUAUAAAGCAUUUAAUGAAUAAGUUAAAAAAAUGCCAAAAUCUGUGAAAAGGCCCCUUUAAAGAAGCUAUCAGCUAGUGUCCUCAUGACGUUGUUUUGUGUAACUGUUAAUAUAAUAAUAUAUAAAUGUAUGCAUAUUUUUUCUGUAGUUUUUGUACACUUGUAUACUAACUGAGUCUUACUUGAAAAUGCUAAAAAAUAAAUGUGUGUUAUACAGAUAUUCGCCUUUGUAAUCGCUUGGACCAAUUGUUCUUGUAGAUUGUGUAAAUUAUUGAAUAUGAUCUAAAACAUGCAUUGUUUCUCAUAUUUUGACCACAUAGUUUUUGCCUUUAAUAUUAGUCAGUUACUGUUUUGCAGAAAAAACUGGCGGGCUAUUCCAAUUAUGCUGAAAGAACAUAGCACACACGUCUGAUUUUAUAUCUUCAAGUGUGAAAACAAACCAUAAACUUAGGAAGCCUAAAAAUAAAGGCAAUGUUUAUGUUUGGCAUGUCAAUUCUUUAUUUCAGUAUAACUACUCAGUAAAGUUUAACAUUUGUAGAACAUGGGUAUACUUAAAUGCUAAUUUCUGAAAGUGAUUUAUUUACCAAAGAUUUGUCAAGUUAUGUGCAUUCGAGAAAUAACCAUCAAUAUCACUAACCAUCAAUAUCAUUCACCAUCAAUAUCAUUAACCAUCAAUAUCAUUCACCAUCAAUAUCAUUAACCAACGGUCAAUCUUGAAAACGAUUGCCCUGUUUCAGGUCAGGUCACAAUUUGUUGCUUGUGGAUUGCACAUUUCAGCCAAAACACGAAAGGAAGUAGACUUGCAAUUUAGUGUUUAUAUGUUUAAAUGUUACCGUAAGAUUUUAUUUUAGUGUUUAGUUGGGUGCCGGUCAACUCGUCCCCAAGUCAACUCGUCCCGUGGUCAACUCGUACCAAUUUUGGUCAACUCGUCCCUGUUUUUUGGUCAACUCGUCCCUACCCGAGUCAACUCGUACCCGACAUACAGAAAUAUACAGAAGUAGGUGUAGAAUGGUCAAUUAAUAAGUCUAAAUCAUAGAGAUGCUGUCUUAUUUUUUAUUUUAAUGUUUUUUAUCUUGAAUUAUCCACGGAGUGUAUAUUGAUCUAGAGUCCGUGAAUUAUCUAAGCAUACGGUUGUAAGAAUUAACGUCUCGUUCAUAGGUAAGUUGCCUGCCGCGGAUAUGUAUAAAGCAGGGAACGGUGUAAUGAGAAUUGUCACUUGUGGUCGUUGUCUUUCACAGGUUAUUUGUUUUUAAGGGUGUAAAAGGUGUUAUUUACAGCGUACGGUAAUUAAUUACCUGGGAUUAUACAAUCAAAGUUAAGUGGUAUUUUAAUUAAUCAGUGUUACUUUGAUAAGCAUCAUCAUGUUCAACAAUGGAAUGGUGUGAAAGGUGUUAUAUACAGCGUACAUUAAUUAAUUGCCUAUUAUGAUUCAAUUAAAGUUAAUUGGUAGUGAAAUUAUUAUUUGUUGUUAUUUUGUGAAAGUUGUGAAAUGAAAAUGCUAUGUUAAACUAUAUAUUGAUGUGUGUCUUAUAAAUGUAAUAAACUGUAAACCGUC